AGGUAAAGGGGGGCGGGAUUGUACUUCAAACCUAACUUUCAACUUCCUCUGUGCGUGCUGUCGUAAUCACGAUAUUACCAUGUUAUUUAAGUCUUGGCUGGUCCGUGCCUGCGGUCUCGGCGCACUCGGAGCUGCGGCGUAUACCUUUGCCUCAACCCAGAUCCCAGCAGCAUUUUUUCAUCCUGCUUUAAGGAAAUCAGCUCUUGUGGAGCAAUCAAACAUGAAGAUAGAGCUACUGCCUGCACUCACUGAUAACUACAUGUACCUCCUCAUUGAUGAGGACACCAAAGAAGCAGCCAUUGUGGACCCAGUGGAGCCUGGGAAGGUUGUUGAUGCUGUUAAGAAGCACGGUGUGAGGCUCAAAUCCAUUCUAACUACUCAUCAUCACUGGGACCAUGCUGGUGGAAAUGAGAAGAUGGUGAAGUUGGUCCCAGGGCUAACUGUAUAUGGAGGCGAUGACAGAAUAGGAGCCUUGACCAAAAAAGUAACACAUUACAACACUUUCAAAGUGGGCUCGCUCAAUGUAAAGUGUUUGUUUACACCAUGUCAUACGAGUGGACACAUCUGCUACUUUGUGACAUCAGAAAAUAGCUCUGAACCCCCAGUGGUGUUUACAGGAGACACCCUGUUUGUGGCAGGCUGUGGAAAGUUCUUUGAGGGUACAGCUGAGGAAAUGUACAAGGCUCUGGUAGACGUCCUGGGCCGACUUCCUCCCGAGACGCGUGUUUACUGUGGUCACGAGUACACGAUCAACAAUUUAAAAUUUGCACGCCAUGUCGAACCAGAUAACGAGGCCAUCAGGAGAAAACUGGCAUGGGCUAAGGAGAAAUACAGUAACGGAGAGCCAACCAUUCCUUCCACAAUGGCAGACGAGUUCACAUUCAACCCAUUCAUGAGAGUCAGAGAGAAAUCAGUACAGACUCACGCUGGGACACAUGACCCCAUAGACACGAUGAGGAGUAUCCGGAAAGAGAAGGACGGCUUCAAAGUGCCCAAGGACUGAGCUUGUGUGCAGCCUUUAAUGCAUUUAGGAAAUUCUUCAUUACAAUGCAUUGUUUUAUGGCACAUCAUAUUUUCGCUAACACAAACUGGGCUAUACACAAGAAAAAGAACUUUCAUGUUAAUCCAAAAUUUGAAAGCUCAUUUAGGGGUAGAAUUGAUUUCAAAUGUUCUAUGUUUCUCUGACCAGCAUGUUGUUCAAAGAAUUAUCAUGCCUGGGUUGGCCUCAGAGCUGCACUGAAGUAUUUUGCUGGCUUGGCACAUCUGCUGCUUUUUAUAUAUAAUAUAUAAGUAUUUUAAGAUUUCUUUAAUUGUGUUAGAGUUGAAGUUGCACUUUAAGAGCUCAGUUCGGAUUAAGGUUUAUACUAUAGAGAGUGCAAAAAUCAAUUGCAGCAAGCACCUAUCCAGUUUCUAAAGUAAAGGUACUCUUUAAGUGGCACUUACAGAAUCAGAUGUUUCUGCUUUAAAAAAUAUUUACAUUCUUUGUGAUUCUUAAUUAGCAUACAGACGUCUUAAUGUGCAAUGUUUAAUUUUUGUUAAUUCAACGCUAUUUUAAGAUGGCAGGUGGUUAUUAUCUUUGCGUUAAGAGAGAAAAUGCAUUUACAGGCUUGGAGUAUGCAUGACCAAAUAUGGAACGUUCAGAUCUUUUUAAUUUUCCAUAUAGAUGCAACAGUUGCCAUGCCUUAAUUAUUAUUGUAUCCUGCCUUUCAAUUUCUGUUCUCAGAAGAAUGAGUAUAUAAAUGUGUGAUCAAUAAAAAAAUUUAAAAAGCC